AUGACGGACAAGCAUGAGGAACAACAAAACACGGAGGAGUACGACUACGACAGGCAGAUGUACCGCUGCCCCAUCUCGUGGCCCCUCACAUCGGACAAGCCCAAGAUGACGAAGAAGCUCUACUCCCUCAUUAAGAAGACCGUAACAAAGAACAAGAAGGGUAUCACCAAAGGCAUUAAGGACGUCACGAAGGCGAUACGGAAGGGGCAGAAGGGCAUCCUCGUCCUCGGUGCCGACGCGUCGCCGUACGACGUUGUGUCGCACUUCCCGGUGAUGGCAGAGGAGGCGAAGAUCCCGUACGUGUGGGUGCCUUCGCGGCAGGAUUUAGGAACGGCGACGCAGUGCAAGCGCGCCACGUCAGUGGUCCUGUUGAAGCCGGACGCCGAGCUCCAGUCCAGCUAUGACAAGAUUGCCCUCGCGAUUGAGGACUUGAACUCUGAUGAAUAG